AUGGCCGAGCUUCAGGGCGUCGCUCUUGUUUGAACGUGUGCUGUCGAAGUCGGCGUUGCAUUGUGUUGAGUUUGCGCGUCCUGCGAAUCUUUUUCUCGAGUCCUGGAUUCUUGUAGGGUAGGUUGUAGGAUAUGUUGUACGGUAAGUCGGAGCACCCAAUUCCCCCACCCCGCCCUUCGGUCCCCUCUUCGCCCGUCUUCUGCAGAAUUCCCUUCUUUUCUCCUUCCUUUCAUUCUUUAUCAUUCUUAACCCUACCAACGCUCUUGCCAACAAUCCCAUUGUAUUUUACAAAAACACAUUGUACGCUAUCACCCGCAACUGAAAGUAAGAUCUCAUACCCUCUCGAAUGCAUCCCAACAAAUUUAAGCUGACCUUGCUGCCUAGAUCACCGCCAACAGUCACCUUUCCCCCGAAAUGGCCUCUCAACACCAGCCAGACGGUCGAUUUACCGCCAUUACGACAACCAGCAUGCCUGUGUAUGACGCCAGAUCUUACGAACCAUAUCCGACCGGAUCACAUGCAUACGGCCAACCCGAAUCGUAUUCCAUGAAUACUCCUGGCGAUGAUUUUGUGCUUUAUGACUCCGAUUCUUGUUUCAUCGAUGAUGAGGCUUCUGUUCGCCCAAAUCAUGGGUCAAUCUACAAUGGCACCCAUGACUCUUCCACUGCUUAUAUCCCCCAAAACACCUCCUAUGAUACAUCAAAAUGCAACAACGAUGGAAGCAACUUCGUACCAACAAGCCAAGGCAGCCGCGCAGGCUCACGGAGUUAUGUCUAUCAACCAACACAACCAAGUCAACCUGACCAGCCAUCAUCAUUGUUUGGGGAGUUUGAGCGGGUGCCCACCGACGGCCCUUCCCCUUUCUCACAAUGGGUUGUCUCGCCAUAUCGCCAUGAACGACUCGGCGUUCAAUAUGAGGCUUUACCCCGCUUGCAGGAUGAUGAUGAGGAAUCCAUACGUCUUACUCCCGAACCAACAUCACCACCACCAUCGCCUAAACACCGAAAGUCGAAAUCAGGCAGCAGCAGCAACAAGCCACAACGGCGACGCAGGCACUGAUUUUCACGACGCAUUUAUUCUUUGACAACUGUGGCUUCGCAUCGCGAUGCUAAUCGAACUUUCUUUUUAUGACUUCAUUUACGUGCACGGAGUCUAAUGUUGUAUUUCUUUGCUCGGGAAUUGUUAUCUUGCAUGUUUCCUCGAGUAUGUUAUCAACGAUUUGGGUUGGCUUUUUACGAUCGAGUCUCUUUUCCCUUGAAUUUUCUUUCACAGAACAGCCGAUGGUUGGAUGUGUACCGGACUGGAAUUAGUUGGAUGCGGAAAUGCUGGAAUUAAUGAUGCUGAUGAAUGACGAUGGGCGUGAGGCGGAGGUGUGGGGAUGCGGGCACCGAUGCCUACACAAGACUUCUUCUUUUUAUAACGAGUUUUUGAUAUCCACAUGGCGGAAUGUUUGG